AUGUAUAAAGGACCAAAUAAUCUUAAGACUUAUAAAGUUUAAGAUUGUGAACCAUUAAUAAAGGAAUUUUUAAAUUCUGAAGAUUCUUCAAAUCUCUCUAUUAGACAAUGUGGUAUUGCAAUAAGAUAGAAUUCCUCAUAAUUAAUUCAAAUUAUUUCUAAACUCUUGAGUGCUAGAAAUAUUGAAGCCAUCAAACAAAAAUUGUAUUGGUUGAAUAAAAUAACAUCGAUUAAUAUCAUUGAAUGUCUGAUUUUAGGAAUUAAAUAAUCUUAGUAAAAAAUCGAAUUACUUAAAUUUGUACUAAACAAUUUGAAGGAUAAAGAUUUCUAAAAAGUUGCCGCUUAUUUUCAUGAUGAAAUAGAUUUUACUUCUUAUUUUGAUUAUACAACCUUAUUGAAAGGUAAUAAUUAUUUAGAGAUUUUAAGAUGGGAAAGUAUUAAUACAGAUUUAAAGUAAUGAGGAAUAACAUAAAUUCUUUGAAAAAUUGUAAAAUUCAUUGCAAAUAUUUAUCAACAAAGAUACAUAAUUAGAUGAAUCCUUACUCAUUGAAUUGUUACAUUUAUUAUAAAUAAAUACAGAAUGUGCCCAAGCAAUUCUCUCAAAAUAUGUUUGGUUAAACAUCCAGAACUAUGAAAAAUUGGAUUCUUGUGUUAAUUCUGCUAUUAAAUUAUAGUAAUUACAAUUCGUUAGCGUUAUUCAGAAUUAAGUAGAGUCUUAAUUAAAAGAUGAAUAGUUAAUCUUUAAUAUUGCAAAAGAAAUCUAAAGCAGAGAUACUGUACAUUAGUUUGUUUAAAAAUUCAUGUUAUCAAAAUUAAAUUAAAGUUAACUCUUUUAAUAAUAUUCACUCUAAAUGGCUGUUUCAAAGUAUAUAGUAAAUAAUGAAAAACCAAAUUAGUAGUUUUAAACUUUAGAUUUUAUAGCUAAUAUCUUAUACUUUAAUGAAAUAUUAGUGGUUUCUAAUUAUUUCUGGAAUAAAGGAGAAGUAUAAUAAAACAUCGUCAGUCCUCUUAAAGAUAUUAAUCAUCCAAUUAUUAAAUAAAUAGAACAAUAAUUUAAAACUAUUCCAAAAUAAACUCAUAAAAUAUAUUAGCUUUUUCAAAUAGUCUUAUAAGUUUAGUAUAAAAAUUCUUAAAUAUUUGUAACUUUACAAGAAUUAACAAUUUUAUAAUAAUUUUAGAAAGUAAAUUAGGCUAAGGUAAACAACAUUGAAUGGGCUUAAAGACUUAUAAAACUUGGAGUUUUUAAGAAAGUAAAUAAUAAUGAACUAUAAUUAAUUGAAGAGAAUUUCAAAUUAUUAUCUGAUUUUGAAUUUGCUCAAAAACCUGAAAUUAAAAAGCAAGAAAUUCAAAUUGAAGAGUAUGAAUAAAAUAAAAAGCUUAUGUAUUAUUGUUCUGUUAUAUAAAAGCAUUGAGGCAGGAAUAAUGAAAAUAAUGAAAUAAGAGAAAAAACUGUAGCAGUAAAUUCUCUAAACAAAAUUAGCUUAAUUAAUAAAGAGAUCUGUGAUUUUAACAGAAAUUGAAUUAAUUGAAUCAAUAAAAGGACUAGUGAAAAGGGAUUUGUUAUGCUAUGAAAAUGAAUUUGUAUUUUAUAGCAUUUGA